AUGGCCAAGCGCUCAGGUGGAGUUCAUAUCCCAGAACAUCGGUUGAUUCUGCUUAUAUUCCCUGGAAUGCUCGCCGUUGUGUCCCUGUUCAUCUAUGGUGUCCCUGUUCCUCUAUGGGUUCACUGCCGGGCCAUACAUGGGAUGGGCGCUUUUCCAGGUGGCCUUUGUCUCUGUGUUGAUUCCGUCAACUUCAUUCGCGGCAGAGGCCUGAGAGAAGAACCCCGGACCUGCAUUGGUAGCCGUCGUUGGAACCAAAAACAUUAUCGCCUUUGGAGUCAGCUAUGGUCUCACACCCAUGGUGGCCAAGUAUAG